AACCGGAGCAUACUGACAAGGUCACGUUCCCCCUCCCAGCGCAAUCCCGGAGAAAGGAGAAAAAAAAUCUCUUUUAAAACCGCCGCUGCCUCGUCAUUAUUACCUGAAGAGGAUUACAAUAACCAUGCAACGCUGUUUAUCGCGGAAUGGAUCUUAUUUGUAUUCCAUACACACCAUCGUGAAACGUGCGCGUGUGUUUAUUGUUUUUACCUCUUUUGCGCAUAUGGUUUUUUUUCACAUUAUCAUUCACCCAACAGCCAUGACUUUUCACCGAGGGGGUAACUGAUGUCUUUUUUCAUUUUCACAGUAAAAGAAAAGCGCUCGGAGAAGCGUCUUCACCUUCGCUAUUGGUUGAUCAUAUGAACCAGCUUCUCUCCAUCUUCUCCCAAAACGGCAAAGGGACGGAUCUGUGAAACAAACACAGUUUAUUAGCAAAAUCUUUUUUUUUUUUUUUUUUGUCUGGGGAACACGUAGCCAUGCAACAAAUAGAAACCGUAUAGAGAAUUCUGUGAGAGCGGAGAAGCCAGGGAUGGGUUCUUUUUAAGCAUUUCGGGCCAGGUUUAUUCAGUCAAGGCUGGCUUGGAUAAUGUAUUUGUUCGCUGGCGAGUUUCUGUUGUGCUGUGAUUCGGAACUAUUAAUUCCUGAGGUGAUCCAUGCUCCAUUAUUUUUGCCAUCAUCAACAUGUCCCCAGCAUCAGCUGCGACAGCCAGUGAGAGCAGCACCACCACCGUCCCCGAGGAAGACACCGAAAGCCCCCGUGAGGAGCAGCGGCCGCUGAAGCAAUCUCUGAGCAAGUCCCUGUGCAGGGAGUCACACUGGAAAUGCCUGCUGCUUUCCCUGCUCAUGUACGGCUGCGUCGGGGCCAUGACCUGGUGUCACGUGACCAAGGUCACCCGGCUGACCUUCGACAGUGCCUACAAGGGGAAGUCCAUGAUGUACCACGACAGCCCCUGCUCCAACGGCUACAUCUACAUCCCCCUGGCCUUCCUGGUCAUGCUGUACGUGGUGUACCUGGUGGAGUGCUGGCACUGCUACACCCGCAAUGAGCUGCAGUACAAGGUGGACGUGGAGAGCGUCUCCGAGCGCAUCCAGAGGAUGCAGCAGGCCACGCCCUGCAUCUGGUGGAAGGCCAUCAGCUACCACUAUGUGCGGCGGACCCGGCAGGUGACCCGCUACCGCAACGGCGACGCCUACACCACCACGCAGGUGUACCACGAGCGGGUCAACACGCACGUGGCGGAGGCCGAGUUCGACUACGGCAACUGCGGGGUGAAGGACAUCUCCAAGCACCUGCUGGGGCUGGAGAGCUUCGCCGUCACCAAGCUGCGCUUCACCAAGUGCUUCAGCUUCGCCAACGUGGAGUCGGAGAACUCCUACCUGACGCAGCGGGCCCGCUUCUUCACCGAGAACGAGGGGCUGGACGACUACAUGGAGGCCCGGGAGGGGAUGCACCUGAAGAACGUGGACUUCAAGGAGUACAUGAUCGCCUUCUCCGACCCGGACCACCUGCCCUGGUACGUGUCGCAGUACGUGUUCUGGGCGGCGGCCCUGCUGACGCUGUCCUGGCCGCUGCGGGUGCUGACGGAGUACCGCACGGCCUACGUGCACUACCACGUGGAGAAGCUGUUCGGCUUCGACUACGCCCCCGUCACGCCCUCCGACGAGCGGCCCUACUGCCGCCACAUCCCGCGGGUCAACACCAUCGACAGCACCGAGCUGGAGUGGCACAUCCGCUCCAACCAGCAACUGGUGCCCAGCUACUCGGAGGCGGUGCUGAUGGACCUGGCCCAGCUGUCCAGCUGCAACACCUAUGCCGUCUGCAGCUACGGCGGCGGCUACCGGCAGAACUGCGAGCGCUGCCACCGCACCAUCAGCAGCUCGUCCAUCUUCUCGCGCAGCGCCCUGAGCAUCUGCAACGGCAGCCCGCGGAUCCCGUUCAGCUCCAGCCGCUUCUCGCUGGGGCGGCUCUACGGCUCGCGGCGCAGCUGCUUCUGGCGCAGCCACAGCGGCAGCCUCAACGAGCCGGGCUGCCCCAGCGAGAACACCCGCUGCCUGUCCGGGCAGAUCGAGGGCGAGGAGAACCCGCCGGCCUACCAGGACGCCCUUUACUUCCCCGUGCUCAUCGUGCACCGCAACGAGGGCUGCCUCAACCACAACCACCGCUCCCUGCACCGCAACGGCUCCUGCGUCGAGACCUCCUUAUGACCCUGCCCCCCCCCACCC